CGCAUCCCAGACCAUCACUGCAACAUCGUAUCAUCAAAGUGGGAACAUGUCUGCCCAGGUGGUGAAGAAGAAGAGUCUUGGAAGUGUUAAGCGUCCACGGAAGUUCUUCCUGUGCUCUCUCAGGGCUCUGUCCAUGCCUGGCCGCCAGUACCAAGCCUUGCCUAGUGUCUUUCUUGGUGACUAUGAUGCCAGCACCCGCUACACCAGCACCAAGAAUACCAAGAUGCCUCAUUCAUCGGGUUCCCCAGAACAAGAAGGAUUCUUCAGUCUGCUGACCCAUGUACAAGGAGGUCGCAUGGAUGAGCAACGAUGCAACAUUCAGAUUGUUCACAACAAGAGCGGCUCAGACACUGAGAAGAAGAACAGCCCCAGCCCACCCCCAGAGAUGGACAACUUCAUGGAUAUGCUGGCGCAUACGCAGAGCCGGCGGAUGGACGAUCAGCGGGUCAGCUUCAACUACCUCCCAGGCUUCCAAAACGCUGACCGUAAUGCCAGCAACAAACCGGCCUCUGGGGCCACCAAGAAAUGAGUACCUCCCCAGUCCUGAUCAGGGAAGGUGGCAGACAGACACCGACCUAAUGCCACCAAGCACAGCACUCCGCCACUCGCCCAAUAGCAACCCCUCAU